AUGUCCAGGGAUAUUAUAAGAGCGCGUUUGCGGCCGUUCGGGAUUUCAUUUGAGAAGUCCCUGACGGAUCUCAUCAGAGGCAUUAGAGCGAACAAUCAGGAUCCAGAGAAACUGGCUGCGUUCUUUGACAAAUCUAUCCAGGAAUGUCGGGCUGAGCUGAAAACAAACGACCUCGAACUGAAAUCCAUGGCGAUCCUCAAACUAGCAUACUUGGAGAUGUACGGCUACGACAUGAGCUGGUGCUCGUUUCACGUGCUGGAGGUCAUCUCUUCGCCAAAGUUCCAGCACAAAAGAAUAGGAUACCUUGCUGCGAUGCAGUUGUUCCAACGACAGAACAACGAUGACGUGCUCAUGCUGAUGACCAAUUUGCUCAAAAAAGACAUCAAUUCGGGCAAUUCGGUGGAGACUGGCGUGGCGAUCAGCGGCAUUGCGUCCAUAGUCACUCCCGAGCUGGCACAGGAUAUCUGUGACGAUAUGGUGCGGAUGCUUUCCCAUUCCAAGCCGUUCAUUAGAAAGAAGGCCGUUCUGGCCAUGUAUAAGAUCUUUCUCAAGUAUCCGGACGCAUUGAGACUGCAUUUCGACAAAUUAAUAGAAAAACUGGACGACGAAGACGGGUCUGUGGUUUCUGCCACUGUGAACGUCAUUUGCGAACUUGCUCAUAAUAAUCCGAAAAACUACGUCGAGCUCGCGCCGCGGCUCUUUGGGCUGCUGAAGGAGACGAACAACAACUGGAUGGUUAUCAGACUGCUGAAGCUUCUGUCGUAUCUGUGUCUAGAAGAGCCUCGUCUUCGCUAUAUUUUGCUUCCAGAGGUGGUGGACCUCAUGAACAACACGACGGCCCUGUCUCUGGUUUACGAGUCGAUCAACUGCAUCCACAAUGGAAAGAUGCUUACUCCUGAUGAUACCAAAGUUGCAAAACUGAUAAUCAAUAAACUGCUCGGCUUCAUUCAGAACAGCGAUCAGGAUUUGAGAUAUGUUGGGUUGCUGGCGUUCAUCAAGACCUGCAAGAUCCACAAGGAUCUCAUCAAAAAGCAUGAGAAAGUCAUUAUGGCAUCAACCUACGACCCCGACCCCACAAUCAGAGAAAAGUCUUUGGAACUGAUCGACUCUCUCGUGACCGACCGCAACAUCGUUUCCAUUGUGUCCAGGCUACUUGUCCAACUGAUUCCUGUGGACGAGCAGGCAGAAAGAUUAGAAAACAUCAAUAUUGAAACAGAAUUGGCCCUUCAAAGUCCCCUCAUUGUGUCAGAUAAGUACAGGCUGCUUGUCAUCACCAAAAUUAUCCAGAUCUGCUCCAUGGACAAUUACGAUCGCAUUCCAAAUUUCCAUUGGUAUCUUGGUGUUUUAGGAGACAUUCUCAACAUCAAUGCCGAACAUAGGCUCGCUGGAGUCGAACAAAUGGUCACAUCGCAAUUCAUGAGUGUGGGCUUGAAGGUUCCAAGCAUUCGCAGCAGAUUGGUUCAACGCUGUCUGGAUUUGAUACUUGAUAGUUCGCGGCUGGUCAGUUUACAAGAAGGUCUAUACAAUUGCAUGUGGCUUGUCGGAGAGUAUUAUACGGAGUAUAUCACUACAUUGGAUGACGACGAUAACGACGAUAGUGACAACGAGGAGGUGUACAAAAUAACAGGCGCAGAAAUCAUCAAGUCCGUGGUGGCACAAAACGACUUCGAUAGUCUCACUGAAAUGACGGAUCCUACACUCAGCGUUUACAUUCAGUCUAUGGCUAAAUUGUUUGGUAAAUAUUGUCUCUCUUUGAGACAGAGCUGGGGUCCUGAAGACCGGGAACACGUGAUUGAAGUCUGUCAAAGGCUAGUUGGAUGGCUUGAGAAGUUCCAUCAGUCUGUGAAUUUUGAGGUUCAGGAGCGUUCCAUCUCCUUCACUGAGCUUCUGAAGCUUGUACUGGAUGCUGUCGAGGCCGACUACGAGGGUUUCCCCAACUUCCUGGUCUCCGGAUACUCGCAGCUAUUUGAACAAUAUCCAAUAAAGCCCGUCGGACCGCACGCCCAAAGCCGCAUACCCAUAGCCAUAGACCUGGACGACGCAAUUGACCACGGUUCUAUUUCUGAGUUUCAGCGGAUGCUUGCUGAACUUGAAGAAAAAGAAGCCCAGCAGCUCCAGCAGGAGGAAUACGAGGAAGAUCUGGUGUCCGAGAUUAACCACUCAUCCGAUGACCAUGGUGAGGAGGAACCAAUUAAAGGGCGCCCCGACCGCUCUGACCGCAUAGGUGACCCAUUUUAUAUAUCCAUGGACACAAGCACCCCGGAUGAUGUCUCAAUUUCAGAACCUUUUGUGGAGACUAAACGCAAGAAGCCCAGCAAAAAAAAGAUCAAGAAGGAGAAAGUGCUCGUUCUUGGCGACGAGGAUCCAGGCGAGGAGUCUGCUCCUGAGCCUGUAUCCAAACCGAAGAAAAAGAAGGACAAAAGUAAGUUACUCAUUGACUCUUCGAGUUUGUCACACUUCGACCUCACCAAAUCACCGGACGAGCCUGACCACGCCGAGGAGGUGGAGAAAUUGCGGAAAGAGUUUGAGAAGCUAGAGCAAAAACAAGAGCCGCCUGUUGUGGUUAAAAAACCAAAGAAACCGAAGAAGAAGAAGCUGGUCGUGAUUGAGUAG